UGCCAGACUCACUCGCAAUCGGAUGGCACCUGCCCCACAUGGUCGCUAAACAGCUCAUGCAGUCUAUCUGCGAGGGCUAUCACCUGGCUGACAGAGGAGUAGACUGGAUGACCCGCUGGUGAGGGGAAUCCAGUGCGGCUGAGUGCUGUGAGGGGGCGGAGUAGCGCUUUCUCCUGCUUAAAACCCCUCAGAAGAACGGCUCUGAACACCCCAAGUGGACACAACCAAUCUACGUGCCAGCCACCAACCGAUUGCCACCAUGCGCGCCUCUUUCCUCUUGACUACCCUCCUCGGGGUUGCGGCCAUGGCUGCUCCCGCGCCUGCUGACGGUACCGAGUCCGUCGAAACAGUAAACAUCGCCGACGGCUUUAAGAUUAGACGCGGCACGAAGGAGCCUGCCAAGGUCGAGCUCGCUGACGGCUUCAAGAUCCGCCGCGAGGAAGACUCUACACCCAAGGUUGAACUUGCGGAUGGCUUCAAGGUCCGCCGUGAGGAAGACUCUACACCCAAGGUUGACCUUGCGGAUGGCUUCAAGGUCCGCCGUGAAGAAGAGUCUGCAGCCAAGGUUGACCUCGCGGACGGCUUCAAGGUCCGCCGUGAAGAAGACUCUGCAGCCAAGGUUGAACUUGCGGACGGCUUCAAGAUCCGCCGUGAAGAAGCGUCUGCUCCCAAGGUUGAGCUGGCGGACGGCUUUAAGGUCCGCCGUGAAGAAGAGUCUGCAGCCAAGGUUGAGCUUGCGGAUGGAUUCAAGGUCCGCCGCGAGGAAGACUCUACACCCAAGGUUGAGCUGGCGGACGGCUUCAAGAAAGUCCGCCGUGAAGAAGAGUCUGCUCCCAAGGUUGAGCUGGCGGACGGCUUUAAGGUCCGCCGUGAAGAAGAGUCUGCAGCCAAGGUUGAGCUUGCAGAUGGAUUCAAGAAGGUCCGCCGCGAGGAGGACAGCGCAGCCAGCGUCGAUGUUGCCGAUGGUUUCUAAGCUGCGGUCCAGACGGAGCGAGCAACUGUCUUAGUUCGGAAAGAUAGAACUUUGAAGGGUCAUGUGUCUGGGUUAUCGGCGGGGGUCCUCUCUUUAAUGCUUUGAUGAUAGUAGAUCAAUGAAUGUCAUGUUCUCCGGAGUAUUUCUGGACAUAAACACAAGGUUGUCUUUUGGCGUAGCUUUUCACGUCACCGUAGGGCGGGUCGGAUUGACGUGCUGUCUGAGACACUAGAUGAUCGGAGCAA